GUAUUUAACCCCCUGGAGAGCCCCUAGAAACCUCUUCUGACUCUAAACCUCGACAGCUGAGAACACAGGCAGUGUUUUCCUUACCUUUUCACAGGCAGGGUAUCGCCUUCAGCUGACUCUGGCGGAGCCGCUAUGACCGAAACAACAAGUUAUUCGGGGAAUGGGCUUGUCCUUGUUAAAAACCCACAUCUGGACCUGAUGGAGGAGGAUGUCCUGUACCACUUGGACUUGGGAACGAAGACGCACAACCUGCCAGCAAUGUUUGGGGACAUAAAGUUUGUGUGCGUGGGCGGCAGCCCCAACAGGAUGCGGGCGUUCGCGCAGUUCAUGCAGCGGGAGCUGGGGCUGGCGGCUGCCGGCGAGGACGUGGCUGACAUCUGCGCGGGCUCGGACCGCUACGCCAUGUACCGGGCAGGGCCCGUGCUCUCCAUCAGCCAUGGAAUGGGCAUCCCUUCCAUCUCCAUUAUGCUUCAUGAGCUGAUCAAACUGCUGCACCACGCAAAAUGCCGGGACGUUACUAUUAUACGCAUCGGUACUUCUGGGGGCUUAGGGAUCGAGGCUGGGUCUGUUGUGAUCACUGACACGGCCGUGGACUCCUCCUUCCAGCCACGUUUUGAGCAGGUGGUGCUGGGCGAUGUGGUGGUGCGGAGCACCGAGCUGGACAAGGACCUUGCGGAGGAGCUGCUCGCCUGCAGCAGGGACAUUCCCGACUUCCCCACGCUCAUUGGCCACACCAUGUGCACCUACGACUUCUACGAAGGUCAGGGAAGAUUAGAUGGUGCAUUAUGCUCUUUUUCCAGUGAAAAAAAGUUGGAGUACUUAAGGAGGGCUUAUGAGGCCGGUGUGAGGAAUAUUGAGAUGGAGUCCAGUGCAUUCGCUGCCCUGUGUAGACUGUGUGGCCUCAAAGCCGCCGUCGUGUGCGUGACUCUCCUGGACCGGCUGGAGGGGGACCAGAUCCGGGCGUCCCACGAGGUGCUGUGGGAGUACCAGCAGCGGCCGCAGCGCCUGAUCGCCGCCUUCAUCCGCAAGCGCCUGGGGCUCACCCGCACGGACUGAGGCGGCGGCGGCAGCACGGGGCCCGGCCCGGCCCGGCCCACGGAGCCCGCUCCGGAACGGUAGAGCUGCGGGCCCGGGCUGCCCGGAGCCAGCGGACACCGCGGCGCGGCCGGGACCGCCCUGACACCGUCUGCGCUGGCAGCAAGCUCAGGCUGUGGAACAGAGCUGCAGACUCCUCACUCGUGCCUCCAGCCGCCGUGAAGGACUGUCCUGCUAGGGUCACUCCUGUCCGCAGCGAUCUUCCAGGAAGGAGUAAAGACAAAACUCAAGUAAAUAACAUGAAAAUUAAUCCGUAUUUGUGACCAGCCAAGGGGUCUGCAGAGCUCUCCUGGCAUGAGCAGCUGUGUGAAACACCCUUUUACUGCCCUGCAUGUUCUCCAUGCUCCACUAUUUUGUGAAACCCCCCCCAAAAAUCCUUCUGGCCUCACUGUAUCACUAAAGGCCCCGACUUACCGUUGCACUGAGGUAGCCCAGACUUCUAUAGACUUCUACUCAGUCUCUACCCUGAGACAUUACGGAUGUGGAAACAACCACAAGUCUCAGCCUAAAAAUCUGUGCCCACUAUUUCAAAAACCAAUAUCUGUUCCCUUUAAACUUUCUUUUUCAUUAACAUCUUGGUAUUUAUAAAAUAUGAUAACUAUAAUCUCAAA